CGGGCUGCUGGGGCCCGUAGUCCCCGUGGGUGCCCGGCCCGGCCCCGCUUGGCUUGUCCCGGCCGGGGGAAUCGGCACCGGCGGGCUCCGAGAGCCGGCGGCGGAAGGCAGGGGCUGAAGGACUGAACAACUUAAGGGAAUGAGCAACACCAAAAGAAGCUGGCACUUCUGUAGCCCAUAUUACUCAAGAGGCAGCCUACAAAAACAGAUGUAGCUGUUCAACUCUCAAGGUGUGGAUGAUCAUGGGAGAACAACUGUUUAAGAACAGCAUCCUUGAUCAAUUUAUUAAUAGCCAUGAGCAGUCAUAUGAAGAGUUUCUAAAUACAUUCACAUAUCUUUCGAAAGAGAAAGAGGAAAAGACAAUUCAGGGAAGUAAAGUGGAAUCCUUAAAAAAGAAAUGUUCUACUUCUGAAUUGCCAAACAGAAAUAAACAGAAUGGCUCACCUGAAAGAAGCAAAGAAAUGUGGGUGGCAUUUCCACCACGGAUGCCAAAUGAGAAUGAGACAGUGAUGAGUGAGAGCUCAACAACUGGUGCCUCUGAUGGAAGUAAUCUCAGUCUGUCUGAAAGAGUGAAGGUGAACUUACACUUGGAAGAUGUAGACACAGAUGAAGAGACAUGCAGUGCAGGGUCAUUAGUUCUCCCAGGAGAGGUGGAAGAGACAGUGACUUGCUGUACACCCUUCUUUGAUAAGCCUGUUCAGCCAAAGUUCAGAGCCCUGUCAGUUCCCCAGCCAUCAGACAGCAAAGCCCAAGAGCUACUGGGUGAUGAUGUUCAGCCAUUCUCCCUUGAUGAAGAAUUUGAUUAUGACAAUGUGGCACUGACCCCUAAAUUCUCUGAAGCUGAGCUGAAGGCAAUUAUUGAGUUGUCUGAAGAGAAAACGGGCACAGAUGUCAAAUCAGCACAAGCUGAAGACUGAGUCAAAGGUGUUCCAUGUAGGGCUGUUGGAGUGACCUUUUUAUGGGAUGAAUGUAGCUCCUUGUUGUACCGUUAUUUAGUGUUCUUAUCUGCAUGACCAUUAAAUGGCAUCCCUGAGUUUUGUCAUUUAUUCUGUCAAGGUGCCUUGGAUUCUGUACUGCUCAGGAUUAGUGUGCUGGAGUGACUUCUCCACAGGAGCAAAACAAGCUGGUGGAUUUCAGAAUAGCAUUGUGGCUACUCUUGCUUAUAUCUGGUACUGACUUAGUUCCUGGUUAGUACAAAGCUGGUCCUAAAGCUGUCUGUUACCUCAUUCUCUCAGUAAUGCAAUUAAGAAUUUUUAACAGCUGACUGAUCUUUGAACUCUUUAAAUGUAUAGAGAUACAUGAGUGAAUAAAUGUUUUUGUUUCUCUGUCUUUUGAGUUGCUUCAGUUCUGCAAAAAAUAAAUAUUCCUGUUUCCAGCA